GCCGUUGAGCGCUCCGUCCGAGGAACGCUCCAGGGCAGCCUCCCCUCCCUCCAGAUGAGCGGGACUACAAUUCCCAACACUCUUAACUACGGAUACUGCUCUCUGGGGCUCCCUGGUGUGUAAAUCAGAGCGGCCGGAGAAUGGCCUCUCCCUGGCCCCCGCCCGAGAGCGCCUCUCCCCGCGGCGGUUCAGUUUCGCUUCUGUCACGGCAGGUCGCAGAAAUGAAAGUGAAAGCGGGCGAGCCUGGCGGAGCCAUGGAGGAGCCGAGGUGCCUUUGCGAGAACUGCAAGCGGGAGGUCGCUGCAGCCAACUUCUCGCUCCAUGAAGCUCAUUGCAGGCGCUUCCUCACCAUCUGCCUCCAGUGCGAGGAACUGGUUGCCCUGAAGGACAUGGAGAAGCACGUUGAAGAGGCACACCGGCAGGUCAGGUGCCAGCUCUGCCAUCAGCUGUUGCAGCAGUACCUGCUGGAGAGCCAUGAGGCUGAGGAUUGCCCAGCUCGGGUCUCCAGGUGCCACUUCUGUGAGCUGGAGCUGCCCCACAACAAGCUGCCAGGCCACCUGGAUGCGUGUGGCAGCCGCACCACCUUGUGCAAGGACUGUGGCAAGUAUGUCAUGAACAGAGUCCUCGAGUGCCACAAAGUCAAGUGCCUGGCCAGUGACCUGCUAAGAAGGGACCCUGCGGCACAGAACAAUUUGUGCCAACAGUGCGGUCAGUGGUUUCCAGAUGAGCAGUAUCUACACCAUCUGAACACGUGCACCCCACUUCCUCAGCUCCUGGAGACGCUCAGCACCAGCUACCCCACAAAGCACAGUCCCCCUCCCCUGAAGACUCUGCCUCCCCCCACUUUGGACACAGCAGCCGAGAAGGAUGUGCAGCCCAGGAGAAAGAACCAUGAGCCCCCACACCUCGUCAGGCACUCCCUGAAGACCCCCAAGAGCAAGAAGGGGGCCACCCACCUGGCCUUCACCUCCACCCUGACCUCAGCAGAGCCACAGUGCCUGGAUUCCACUGAUUAUGACCAGUUGGCGAGCUGCUCCCACUGCAACAUCCUCCUCCCAAGGCCCACCUUGCAAAAGCACCAGAAAAAGUGCCAGCGGGCGGCAUCCCUGCAGAGCCUUCGGCGGAGUCCUCGUUUUCUGGGAAAAGGAGGAGAGUCGCCGCAAACAGCCCCCGGAGAAGCCAGCUGGCAGUAACACCUCCCUGUGGCCGAGAGCUUCCUCUCCUGUCCUGUCCUGGCCUUGCAUGGGCCUCGCUCUGCCUCACUAAGAAUAAAGGAGCUACAAUUUGUGCCCAAGACUGA